AUAUAUAUAUAUUCUAUAUAUACUAAAACCCAAACAUGUGGUUACUGUUCUAGGGCAGUGUGCGGACCAAAAUGCCCCUCAAUUCGUUUGUUCAGCUAAUUUUUUGCCAUCUUUUUUACAGUAAAAUGACUUCCUUGCCCUCUCAGGCCACGCGUUCAUCCUCUCCGGUUUCGAUUUCUUUGGGUGCUUCGGUUCUCUCUCUCCAUUAUCAGCUUUUCUUAUUUUGGUUGACCCCUGCUCUCCCCGUCUCCCUCCUCGCCUCACUCUUCUCUUGCACCAAGCUGCUUGAUUUAGAGCUUCACCAUAUCUCUUCCAAUCAAGGUGUCUAUUUCUCUCCCUAUUUUCCCAAUCUACAUUUCUCUCUAUCUCUGUGGAAAAAAACCCUAGAUCUCGCCGCUGCCAGAGAGUCGAAGCUCCGCCCUUUGAGCUUCAAUCCGCCUUGCCCAUCGCCUCCUCUCGGCGCCUCCACCUAGAUCCCUCUGGUUUUUAAAAAAAAAUUCACCUUCAGAGAUUGAGUAAAAAUAUAUAAAGGCUGUUGGUGAUCGGUAUAAAGGCAAAACAAAAAAGGGUUUGGUGGUUCUACUUUUGAACUGCACAGGGUUGAGAAAAGAAAAAAAAAAGACAAUUUUGUUGGCAAUCAAUAUAAAGACAAAAUACAAAAGGUUCAAAAUUGUGCAACGCAUAAUUUUAAAGCAUUUGGUUUUGUGGUGCAAGGCUUUUGGUGUUUAAGGUUAAUUUACAGCUGUUUGUUUGUAAAUUGCUUAGAACAAAUUUUUUACGCUAUGUCAAAAAGAGCUGCAAAAAAUUUAACAAUUAAACCUGUCCAGCACGAACAAAAUACUAUGGAUGAUAAAUAUGCUGAGGUUUUCAAAGAUAAUCAUCAACCAAAAAGAGUGCGUAGAAAUAUAUAUGUGGAAAAUUUUGCGGUCACUUUUCUACCUCAAAUUGAUGAAUUUGUUUCUCCAAAUUUGUUCUUGGACCAUCAGUCUAGCAGCAGUCAAUCAGAAACAAAUUUGUUCUUAGAUCAUCAAUCUAGCAGCAGUCAUGCUGAAACACAACAUAUGACAUGCAAUCGACAAAUUUCUGACCGAUAUGAUAAAAAAGGAACAAACGUUGUUGAUGUCUCAAAGGAUGUUGAAAACACAGUUAAAAAAACUUUACACAUUGAGAACUCCAAUGUUAUGAAUAGAGGUCAAGCAUUUUUCCAAAAAAAAAGGACUGGUAUUGUCAAAGAGUAUGCAGACUUGGGGGAUAAAAAUUAUAAAUGUACUUAUUGUGGUGCUUAUUUUUGGUUAAAAGAAUCUCUUAAACAAAGAUGCACAAAAAAUCAACUUGUUUUUACUCUUUGCUGUCAACAAGGAAAAAUAAGCCUUCCAAUUUCAAAACCAGCUCCAUAUUUAUUAGAUUUAUUGCUUGAUCCAAAUGGAGGUCACAAAAGUUCAUCGUUUCGAGAAAAUAUUAGAGCUUACAAUUCCAUGUUUUCCUUUACUUCUAUGGGUGCCAAAAUUGAUCAUUCAAUCAAUGAUGGAUCAAGUCCUUACAUUUUUAAAAUUAGUGGUCAAGUUUGUCAUUUAAUGGGCUCUCUUUUACCUCCUGAUAAUCAGCCUCCAAAAUUUGCUCAGUUAUAUGUUUAUGAUACGUACAAUGAAGUACAAAAUCGUUUGAAAGCUUUUGAUUCUGAUGGAAACAAUGGAAGAUUAGAUCCACAAAUUGUUGAAAGUUUGAUUAAAAUGUUUGAUGAAUCAAAUGAAUUAGUUAAACUUUUUCGUAUUGCAAGGUAUAGAUUUGAAACUGAUGGCCUCACUUCUUUGAAAAUGACAUUGUUAGCAAGACAACCAAUUGAUAGCAAACAAUAUGACCAACCGACAAGUGAUGAAAUUGGUGGUUUAAUAGUUGGUGAUAUAGGACUCUCUGAUUCUAAUAGAGAUAUUAUUAUAGAGUCUAAAAGUGAUGGAUUAAAGCGUGUUACAAAAUUAAAUCCAAAAUUUAUGGCAUUGCAAUAUCCUAUUCUUUUUCCAUAUGGUGAAGAUGGUUAUAGACCGGAUUUAAAAUGGAAUGAAAAUUAUAAAGGUCCAAAAACUAAAAGACAAAGAGUGCCUAUGAGAGCUUUUAUAGCUUAUCAAAUUCAAGAGCGAGAACCAUGGUUAACUACAUUGUUAAAAGGAGGCAGACUUUUUCAACAAUAUAUAGUGGAUUCUUAUGCAACACUUGAAGAAGAUAGAUUGGAUUAUAUUAGACAAAAUCAAAAAAAUUUAAGAACUGAUGUUUAUAAAGGAAUUUAUGAUGCAGUCGCAAGAGGUGAUAAUGAUGCAAACAAUGUGGGUCAAAAAAUUAUAUUACCUGCUUCGUAUACAGGAAGUCCUAGAUACAUGAUCAAUAAUUAUCAAGAUGCAAUGGCAAUUUGUAGAGAAUAUGGACAUCCGGAUUUGUUCAUAACAUUUACUUGCAAUGUCAAAUGGCCAGAAAUCAUAAGAGAAUUUGAAAAAAAAACCAGGAUUCAAACCUGA